AUGGCCGAGGCCGACAUCAGCCCCCUCGCUGAGGUGCUCGGGCACGCAUUCUAUCAUUUCGAGCGCAUACGGCCCUUCUUGCCCACCUACGGCCACUUGUUGGUUGCUGCACUAUUUCCAAUCUGGAUUGGAGCCCAUGCAUCUCUUUCUAGGCCGUCUUCAGCUGCCAAGCCUCAGAAGAAGGGAGACGAUGAAACCGACACUGAUGAUGAAGAAUCGGAAGACACAGGCCCCAUCCAGAAGAUGGAAGGGCUGGAGCCAUCGGAUGCUCUCAUGUUCCCGCUUACUGCCGGACUGACCCUCGGUGGGCUGUACUUGGUGAUCAAGUGGCUAGAAGAUCCCGCGAUCCUGAACAAGAUCCUGAGUUUUUACUUCUCACAGAUGGGGCUUUUCUUUGCUGUUGCCUUCUUGAAGGACUUCUUCUUGAUUGUCCGCUCUGUGAUAUUCCCGCAAUAUUAUCGUUCGUGGGGCAGACUCUACCGAGUGAAUCAAGCGAAGCGUGUUUCCAAGUCAGAUGGAUCGGAAGAUGUACGAUUGUCGCCGCUGCCUGGGGUAUUUGGGUCCAUCCCUCUGCCUACUGCCAUCUUAAAUACCCUUUGGGCUUUGCGCAAUGCUUGCUACCAGCGGUUGAGGGUGCGAGCAAAAGUUCGAGGUGCACUCGAAGGGAAGAUGCUGGUGGGUCUUCUCGACAUGUUGAGUGUCAUUAUUUCCCUGGUUGCAGUGGGAUACUUCGCUUUCGUGACGAAGCCAUGGUGGCUAACCAACUUCUUGGGAUUCAGCUUCUCCUAUGGAGCUUUGCAAUUUAUGUCUCCGUCAACUUUCUGCACUGGCUCAAUGAUUCUAGGGUCCUUAUUCUUUUAUGACAUCUACUUUGUGUUUUUUACACCUCUGAUGGUCACUGUCGCCACAAAGUUGGAUGUUCCGAUCAAACUCCUGUUUCCUCGGCCGCCAACAGCAGGCGAGGAGAAGUCAUUGGCCAUGCUUGGUUUGGGUGAUAUUGUCAUCCCAGGCAUGAUGAUUGGACUAGCCCUGCGGUUUGACCUUUUCCUCUAUUACAAAUGCAAAGGGGCUCAAAUAGCCCAGCUCACUGGCUUGAGUGAGGUGGUCAAGCCGAAAUAUGAACGAGCGACUGGUUCCUGGGGCGAGAAGUUUUGGGCCCCAGCCAUCGCCCCGCAAAGCCUGGAGCUUCAACCCCCUUACUUCGAUGCGCGGUCAUUUCCCAAGGUUUACUUCAAGGCCAGUAUUGUAGGCUAUGUGAUUGGGAUGAUCACAACGCUUUUGGCCAUGCAAUAUUCCAACCAUGCUCAACCCGCUCUGCUAUAUCUUGUGCCCAGUGUCUUGAUCUCGCUUUGGGGUACAGCCUUCUUCCGGGGGGAAAUUCGCGAUAUGUGGGAAUUCUCGGAUGCCGAAGAAGACGAUGACGAAGAAAAGUCCGACAAAGAAGACACGAAGAACGAAGAGACCGACAAGACCGAAAAUGGACAGGGUAUUAAGGGUCUCUUCUCUCGAGUAUGGUAUGGUAAACCCGACGGUGCGAAGGAAGAUGACGUUGCAAAGAAGACAGGGCCAAGUAGCUCCAUCAAAAGUGAAGGCUCGAAGAGCUCUGACUCUGAAAAGCCCAAGGAUACUGGCUCAACAGAUGACUAUGACUUGUUCUCCUUCUCUGUCUCUUUGCAUCGCAAGAAGCGGAGCAGUUCUGCCUCAUCGGCGGCCAAGCCAGACCCCGAAAAUGAACCUGUGAUGAUCCCUGGGCCCGUGGAAGGCAGUGAGCGGCCAUUGAAGAAACGCCGUGGCACACCGAGGAAGCCAUCGCAUGAUUGA